GGUAUGCUGAAGAAGACAAAAGUAACACGGGAAUCUUUGAAACGUGCGCAAAAUGCCCACCUGCGACCAGGCGCCUCCCACGCUGCCGCCUAACGUCGUCAUCUCGUCCUACAGAAAACCAAUCGGCUACAACGCCAAGAAGUCGCGGAGCAAGAGUAAUGACGAGGACGCUCACAGCCGGCCGGAUGACUCUGAAGACGGUACAGAAACAACAGAGCAUGACGGAGAGCCGGGGGAAAAUGACAACGACGGAGUCGCCUACAUCCAGCAAGAGGAGCCGAAAGUCGGCGCAGAUGCAUCAGAACAAGAGGAAGAGCCACCGGCAGAGAAGGAGCCGGAGACGCAGGGCAAGCUCGCGCCUGCUCCAUUUGAGAACGGAGAACACCAGCGCGAGCUGGAGGGCAGAGCGUCACCUCAGGUCGUCUUCGAGGGGGUGGAGGUGGACCUGUGAGGAAGUAAGGACAAGAGUUGCUGUCCAGGCGUCCAAGAAGUGACUCUUUACGAUCGGAUCACGGCGGAUGCCAAAACCGCUGAUAACCGCCAUAGGGGAUGCAAGUUGGUAUGGUAAUUAGACCAAUCUGUAAAACAGCGGGGCGUAUCUGGGAAGACAGUGAUAGGCUUGCCUUCAAGAUAUUGCGUGUCUCAAGGCUGCGAAGUAGUUGCAGUGGCUGUAAGCUCUUGUCUGACAGCAAAGCUUGUACCCGGGCAGCCUGUCGUUAUCACCUUAAAUCCACUCCCGGGCAUCCGGAAUAACAUAGCCACAAUGUUUAAUCCCGUGUAUCAUUCUUUACGCAGCCAAAGCAUGCUAUAUCAUAAAUACGUCGCGCGAUUAUCUGUUAUGAUAACCCUCAUGUAUCAUAGCUUGAGCGGCCUUCCAUAAGACUUGUGCCUGACUUCGUUGCUGUGGAUUAGAUGGCCACUGUGACGAAUACCUUGAUGGAUUGCUUCUCACUAGUCCCUUUCACGCAAACACUGUUAGACAGGGCCUUCAAAUGCUCGAAAAGUUGGAUAAGUAGGAAAGAAAUCCAUGGUUUGUUAUAAGAGCUGUAAGAAUUGCCGUAACUUUACCCCUUGGUGGCGGCGUUUUUAUUUCACCAUGGUAUAGGUUGAAGUGGGGCAAUUUGAGCACAUUGGUAAGUUGAUCCCAUCCAUAUCUCUAUCCCAAGAUUCCACUGUUUCCGAGCGGCUGCCUGGCGGUACGUUUGAGAAGCUCGGCCUAGCUGUUUUGAUGCGAACGACGGCGGGCGGGCGAUGGGUGCACUCUGAACAUUAACAUGAUUCUGACCCGUUGAUGUGAACAUUUUCGAGGAUGUACAACGUGUUCUGUCGUCUUUGGUUUCAGAAGGUAUCAUUGAUUUACUGACUCACAUGUAUUUGGCCGUGCCUGCUCCUGAAAUCGCCAUAUAUUUCGCGCGGAUGAGCUUGAAAGCAACUCUUCAGCCACGCUGUUUCAUUUGUCAUAUCGUAGUGUGGCAGUUUGUUCCAACACGGAGGUGGGUAAGGUGAUUACGGCUCAACUCCACUCAAUACAUGGA